AUUGUCGGGGAGAUGAGGGUUGGACACCUUUGAUGGCAGCAGCUUUGCAUGGGAAGAAGGAUGUUGUCGACCUGCUCGUGUCAAAGGGAGCUGAUCUCACACUUAAAGAUGACUGCAGUAGAAAUGCCCUUCAUCUGGCAUGUGAGGGUGGAAAUAGUGGCAUUGUAGAAGAUCUGCUUCCACUGUUUGACAUCAAUUGUCGGGGAGAAGAGGGUUGGACACCUUUGAUGGCAGCAGCUUUGCAUGGGAAGAAGGAUGUUGUCGACCUGCUCGUGUCAAAGGGAGCUGAUCUCACACUUAAAGAUGACUGCAGUAGAAAUGCCCUUCAUCUGGCAUGUGAGGGUGGAAAUAGUGACAUUGUAGAAGAUCUGCUUCCACUGUUUGACAUUAAUUGUCGGGGACAUGAGGGUUUGACACCUUUGAUGGAAGCAGCUAGGUAUGGGAAGAAGGAUGUUGUCGACCUGCUCGUGUCAAAGGGAGCUGAUCUCACACUCAAGAGAUGACAAAA